AGAUGGACAAUUUGGUAGUCUUCUUCUACUGUUUACAUCAAUGAAAACAUGCUUUCAGUUUUGGCCUUUUAUACAGUCUGAAGUUAGGAACUCGGACCCGAGGCCAGGCACCGACCACCGCACCACCAGGCCACUUCCCCGUGCCCAGAUGCUCCACCGCCGCCUUGCGCUGUCCUCUCCGUCCUCUCGACGUUUAGCAGUGCCAGCAACUCCGAGCGUGGCGCCCGUCCUUCUGUCCCCGAGCAAGCCGCAGCUCACCAUAGCCAGCAGAGGAGUACAACGCCGCCCCUUCCCUUCCUUCUACCUCUGCCUUCCUCGUUCUCUCAACUCGUUUUCUCUGCUUGUCAACAGGAGCUCCGCCAUGGCCGCCCAGGGCCUUCUCUUGCCUCGAUCCGUCAAGCCCGCCGCCGGGAACGACCUCCACAGCCCAGGGCCCCGGCGACCUCACUGUCAUGGCCUUCGCCGCGCCCGCCGCUGCAAGUCCCCCAUCGCGCAGCUUCUCCUCUGCAACGAGCAGCAGCUACAGCCGCUGCAACCGCCCCGCGCCAUUGACUGCUUCGCCCCGAACCGGCCUCCUCUUCGCCGUUUCCCGCUCCUCCGCCUCACCUUCCGCCCUGGCUGCAAGCCACCGCCGCCCGGAUCCUCCCCGAGCUCCAAGUCCCGCGCCUGCUGGCCCUGCCGCGAGUCCCCAGCGCCGCCUCCUUCUAUUCGAGCGAGGGAGACGAGCGACGACUCUUCUGCAUCGAGCUGCGCUGCCCGAGCGCUCGCGUUGACCGUCCUCUUGCCUCGUCAAGGCCCAGUGCCAGAUCCGCCGGCCUGCCUUGGCCACUCCAGCGAACUGGGCCUCAGCCCGGGUUGCAGGUGCCGAUGAUACCAGUGCAGGUGACGCAACCGAGCUUAGGUGGGAGCUCGAUG